GUAUGGUCCUUGUGGAUCUGGGACAAGCACUGUACGUUGAUCUAUCACUCGGAUUAUGCCAAGUCCUACACUUCCGAAGCUCCAUCCACUUCUCGACAAGCGCGAUCAGCAGGUCUGACAUUGUUGCCCGGUGUUAGUAGGAAUGUCCAGUCAGGAGGUGGUGGUGGGGGUGGGACUGCUCAGACGGAGAGUAAAGCUGGGGGUGGUGCUAGUAAUUCCAGACUACCUUUGGACGAAGAGGGAAAGCUGGUGUAUGGUGUAGUGUUCAGUCUCAGAAAUAUGGUCAGGAAAUUGAAUGGUCCGCAAGAGACAUUUAAUUCCUACACGACGCAAGCCUACACUCUUUCCCACUAUCAACUGCCCACGGGCUACACUCUAGUGCUGAUCAGCGAUCCGGUCAGCCGACCAGGUCUCAAUUCAUCGGGCGCAGGUGCAGGCGCAGGAGGUUCGGGUCGUUCGAGCUUGUUACAGAUCGCCUCUGGACCUUGGCAAGAAUGGGUGGUCAGAAAUCCGGCCGUUGCAUUGGAAAGAAGCGGGGAAGAGAGGAAGAGAGGAAUCGACUCGGAGGGCUUUAGACUGGCUACGGAAAGA